UCCCAGCCUGUGUGGCCAUGGAGGAAGGCUUCGGCUCCGGCGCGGAGAACGGCAACCCUGCCGCAACAGCAACCACAUCCACAACAACAUCAAGAACAGCCACACCACCGGGGGAGGCCAAUACUGCGGUCUCCCCUUCGCGAUCCCGGUGCCGCCUCUUGCUCCGGCUCAAGGCGAAGCUCUGCACUUGGCAUAUGGUGAAAACGCUUGCCCUGGGUCAAGUACUCUCCUUGUUCAUCUGUGGGACGGCAGUGACAAGCCAAUUCCUUGCUGACAAAUACAGUGUGAACACUCCCAUGCUACAAAGUUUCAUCAACUAUUGUUUGCUUUUUCUUAUAUACACGACGACUCUGGUCUUCAGGAAAGAUGGUGACAAUGCCUUGCAGAUCCUGAAGAAGAAAUGGUGGAAGUAUAUUUUGCUUGGGUUGGCAGACGUUGAAGCUAACUACACCAUUGUAAAAGCUUACCAAUACACGACUAUAACAAGUGUCCAGCUGUUAGACUGCUUUGGGAUACCUGUGCUGAUGGCAUUAUCGUGGUUCCUCCUCCGUGCAAGAUACAAGCUGAUCCAUUUUCUUGCUGUUGCUGUCUGCCUGCUGGGAGUAGGGACCAUGGUUGGUGCAGAUAUAUUAGCUGGGAGACCAGAUGGUGAAGGAAGCGACGUGGUGAUUGGAGAUGUCUUAGUCCUCCUCGGCGCUUCGUUGUAUGCGAUUUCGAAUGUGAGUGAGGAAUACAUUGUGAAAAAUCUGAGCAGAGUGGAGUUUCUAGGAAUGGUGGGCUUGUUUGGGACUAUUAUCAGCGGUCUGCAGCUAGCCAUUGUGGAACAUAAAGACAUCGCCAAUAUUCAAUGGAACUGGAAAAUUGCGUUGCUGUUCCUGGCUUUUGCCCUUUGCAUGUUUGGGCUCUACAGCUUCAUGCCAGUCGUGAUCAAAGUCACCAGCGCCACUUCGGUCAAUUUGGGGAUUCUGACAGCGGAUCUCUACAGUCUGUUCUUUGGACUCUUCUUGUUUGGUUACAAGUUUUCAGUGCUGUAUCUCCUCUCCUUUGUGGUCAUCAUGGUGGGCUUCAUCAUGUAUUGUUCCACUCCAACCCGUACCAUUGAGGCCGUUGCCACUAGCCUGCCAUUGGCAACCAGCACGGGGUUUGACAAUCUCGCCUUAAAGAUUGAGGAGAACCACUGGGAUGCGCCGGUCACCUUGCCUCCACAACUCAACAGAGACGAAGGUCAGGCAAAGGAAACAUCAGCUACAAAACUUACAGCCUUGUGAAACGUAGAGCCCUUCAGCUGCUGGAAUUACCUUGGAAGUGUCAGUAAACAAGAGAUAAUGAACAUUAUGCGGUUUUUAGGGCGGAUAAACUGGAGAGAUACUGAGGUGGAAUCUGUGCUCAAGCCAAAGUCUGGAAUUCCACGACAAGAUAAUGAGAACUGGAUCUAUGGUUGCAUCCUCUGUAUUGAAUCAACAUUCACUGAAGAUCUGUCUGUAGAGUUGCCAGAGAAUAGAAAAGUAGAAACUACUAGGACAAUGACUAACAGUUGUUCUCUAGAAAGCGAAGUCUGUAUUGAAAGAAAACUCAAUAAAUGAAUGGCUUAUUUUGAGUUAAUUUCCUAUUUAGAAAGUUUAUACUGACAACUACUGUGAGAUAUGUUUUUACAAAAAGUAGCAUAAGUUAGACAAUGAAUACAGUAGGUAGAAAAGAAAGGGAGAGAAUGAAAACACUUAACAUUAGAUCAAAUUGUUGGAUCAGGUAAGAAACUCUGGAAACUAGAAAGAGACGAUUGUGAAGAGUAAAGAAUCCUUGCUUCCAGACCAGGAUGACUAGGAAGGAAAUGUAGUGUUUCCUGCUCGUAUGCCAUUAGUUUGCAUGGGCUAUCCAGAAUCUUUGCAAUCAUUAGUGCAUAACACUUGAAGAUUGUUUGAUUCCAAUCAGUUCAUAGAAUCAUAGAGUUGGAAAAGACCCCAUGGGCCAUCCAAUCCAACCCCCUGCCAAGAAGCAGGAAAAUUGCAUUCAAAGCACCCUCGACAGAUGGCCAUCCAGUUCCACUGACAAGUGAUGCUGAUCUUGUGAUCAUCUUGUGAUCCCAUCUCAAUUACAAGCAUCUCCCGAGUCCUUUGUACACUUCUUACCAAAAUUUUGGACUUCAUUGAAUUGUUCUUUCAACUCAAAUACAGACUGUGCCUAUUCUGUGUGUCCUUUUUCAGUAUAUGGUCAGCAAAAUAUGCGCAUAAUCAGCUCCUUGGAAAAAUGAGAUGCCUUUACCAUAAUAAUAAAUAGCCAAAUAUAUAGAUUGCAUUCUGGCAACAAAAAAGUGAAAUAUAUGAUUUAUACCCUUGAACUGUAUAAACGGUUUGCAUUACUAGGAUUUCAAGAUGAUGCUUUAAGUGGCACUUUCUUCAUGGUUUGGUGUAAUCAGAUGUAUAAUUGAAACAAAAUAAAUAUUUGUAUUACAGACCAA